AUGGAGCAGGGGCCGGCUGGGGGGUCCGCCGCCGCCACCACCAGCACCGGUGGUGUGCUGCUGGCGCUGAGCGAGAGCGAGCAGCAGCGCUACUCCGAGCUCUUCUCGCGGUGCUGCCCUCCCCCCGAGGCGGCGGCGGGGGGCAGCAGCGUGGGCGAGCUGUUCCGGGCCUCCCAGCUGCCCCCGGACACGCUGCACCAGAUCACAGAGGUGUGUGGAGCCAAGCGUGUGGGUUACUUUGGUCCUGCCCAGUUCUACCUUGCCUUGAAGCUAAUUGCAGCAGCACAGUCAGGGUUCCCAGUACGAAUUGAGAGCAUUAAGAAUGAGCUGCCUCUGCCGCGGUUCCCGGCGCUGAAAGCUGACAGUGAAGCAUGGUAUGGGACCCCUGCAGACCUCCAGCCAGGGAAGUUUCAGCUUCCACAUGCAGCCUUGGAAAAAAACUCCUACAAAAGAACAGAUGAAGGGGACAAACAGGAAGCCAAGUCCCCAUCGAUGUCUCCAAUGUGUUCACCUCCUGCUUCUCCAUCAGCUUACCAGAGAGUGCCCUUGACUUAUGGAUAUGGCAAAUCAAGAAGUGGGCUCGAGCAGCAGCAUGGAGCUCCUUAUGAAGUCAGGCACUCUGCUCACCAGCAAGAUGGACCAGGAAAUUAUGGAGCCAAACCUGCACUUGCCUGUUCAGCUCUUAACCAGUCUCUUUCAGUGGAACAGGAGCAGCAGGACAGCAGCAGCCAAUACUCAGAUGACCCUUGGAGGAUAACAGAGGAGCAGAGAGAUUACUACAUCAACCAGUUCAAGUCCCUGCAGCCUGACCUCAGCUCCUUCAUUUCAGGUUCUGUGGCAAAGAAUUUCUUCACAAAAUCCAGGCUGCCCAUCCCAGAGCUGUCUCACAUCUGGGAGCUGAGCGACGUGGACUGCGACGGGGCACUGACACUGCCAGAGUUCUGUGCUGCUUUCCACCUGGUGGUUGCAAGGAAGAAUGGUUACCAGCUGCCAGAGACACUGCCAGAGACACUGCUGCCUGAGUACCUGCAAGCAGCUUCCUUGAAGCCCAUCCAUGACUGCACACUGUUUGAUUCCUACUCUGAGGCGUUGCCAGGGGCUCAGCAGAGUCGGGACUUCAGCCGUGCAGAGAAGACAUCAGCUGAAGAGGCUUCUGCUAGCUCUGCCCUGUUACCAGAUGGAAAGAAAGAUGACAAACAAGCUCUUAAAGGCAGUGCUGCUCUCAAAACCAUACCAAAGGAAUUUCAGCACUUGACCAUGAAAACAGCUGCUCAGGAAUCUAAUGCACUUAGAGCCAGACCACGCUCCAGGUCUUAUUCCAGCACAUCCCUAGAAGAUGCCAUGAAGAAGGGAGAGGAGCCCCCUACUCCACCUCCAAGGCCACAGAAAUCACAUUCCAGAGCUUCCUCUCUGGAUCUGAAUAAAAUAUUUCAGCAAAACACUCAAGCUGUGAGGUCUGGCUGGCUGCCUCCACCACCACCUGCACUGCCCCCUCGACCUUCAGUGUCUCAGACAGAGCAGCCCUAUGAGGUUGAAUUACAUCCUCAGCUGAACAGAGCCCCGGCACAGGCAGAAGAAAACAGUCCAGCAAAAAAGGAGGUGGUCCUCGCUCAGCCGCCCUCCAAACCUGCCCGCAGGAAGCUCCGGACGGAGGCCCAGGGGUUGGAGACCCCCGAGCUUUCUCCCACUAUCAGUGUGACUUCUGCCCUGCCAGCAGCCAAGACUCACCUCCCAGUCCAAAAACAGCCUUCCAAGCAGAAGAGAGCUAUCCAGACAGCCAUCCGCAAGAAUAAGGAGGCCAACGCCGUGCUGGCCAGGCUCAACAGCGAGCUCCAGCAGCAGCUGAAGGAGGUGCACAAGGAGCGCAUCGCCCUGGAGACGCAGCUGGAGCAGCUCCGACCUGUCACUGUCCUCUGACUCCCACCCUGCAGCAGAGCCCAUGGCCUGGCAGCCUGCCCAGCAGAGGAGCACCAGGCAGGGCCUCUGCCAAGGUGGUGACUGUGGGGAGGACCAGCUUGUGGGGUCUCCCUUGGCCCUGCUGCUUGGAGGUGAAGAAGGUACAGAAAGCAAGCAGCUGCCUGCAGGGUGUCUGUGAGCAGAGGGCUGCUCUGCCUUCCCUUCCUCCCUCCUUCCCACACAGAAAUGAAGGACCUGAGAGUGUUUUAUUUAUGUAGAGAAUUCCUGAUUUUAUCUGCAUCCUGGCAGUACCUCCUGCCCAUGACUGGAGCGCCUACAGCAUUGCUGAAUGCUUGCUUCAGUUUCAGAACUCAUCCUCCUGAGGUGGGGCUUCUGGAUGGUACUGACUGCUGGAGGUGUUGGUGUCCUGGUGGGGAACCUGGGGGUUGGAUGUUCUAACAGGACCCCACAAAACCCUCACCAGACAGAGUCUUUAUCUGCAGGCAUUGCUCAGAUGAUUAUUUUCUUAGGACUGCUUGGUAUGGGACCGUGGAUGUAUUUUGGUGGUAGAGAACUUGGAUGUUAGAAGUGCAAAUCACACAAGAGAGAACAGGGGAAAAAUAACAACAAUUAAAAAAAAAAGACUAAAAUUUACUUAUUUUGGAAAUUGCAAAUAAAAAAAGAAAAAUCCUAUUUUUUUUUGUUUGUUUGGAGCUAGAACUAUUUGCCAUCAGCAGUGUUUGAUCACCUGCUUGCAACUCCCACUGUCUCUGCAGACCUUUAGUAUCUUUGAGAUCACUGACUUAGAGCGUUUUUUACUAUUUUUCUUUCGGGGGUUUGUUUUAUUCUU